UCCGCGAGCUGCGUGUUUGUGCCUAGGCACCUGUGGUUCGGGGCCUUGUUCUGGCACCCGGGUCGCCGGGUUGGCGGCUUUGUCAUUCGUGGCGUUGGGUGGGCGGCAUCUUGGGGGGUCACAUGAGCCAGUGGCAUCAUGCCCGUGAGCGCUGGAGUCAGGAUCGCGGCUUUUCCGGCCGGACGUUCAUCGGCCAAGAGGAAGGGCGGAAAGGACAUCCCGGAAAGGUGGAAAGAGUAUCUCCCAGUGGGACAGCGGAUGCCUGGGACUCGUUGCAUUGCUUUCAAAGUUCCUUUAAAAAAGGCACUCUGCUUGGAGCUGGCGAUACAGUGGUAGGCAAAAUUGAUGUGGUCCCUGCCUUCUGGGAGUUUACAGUCUGGUUAGGAGACCAACAUGAAAUAAACAAACAUAGAAGUAAAUGUCUAGAAGUGAGCUUAUUUUCUUGUGUCUAAUCUCUCUGGAAGAAAGGAUUGUAAUAUCGCUUGUAAAUUCCAGAGGAGGAAACUUUACUUUGAAUCUCAUAUGUUAGCAUCACAGGGUUUGAAUAAAUGGAUA